AUGGUAGAUAUGGAAAUGAAUGAACCCAAUAUUUCACGCGCCAAAUCUAAUGACUCGAAGGAUGAAAAAUUCCCUUUACUUCCAAUUACCUCAAAAUAUCCUUAUAUAUCACCACCAUCUGAAUCCAGAAUCUAUUCUUCAUUCUCAACUUAUUUUCCAAAAUCUUGGAUUCCUCAUUCUUUAUUAUCAAAUAUAUCAAAUAUUUCCUCAUUUAUCUCAUAUGUAUUUUCCACUAUAAUCUCUCAAAUCCCUCCAACUCCUAAAUUUUACCUUUCUACGUUUUUCUCUUACAUUUCCACCAUUCUAUCAUCAUUACUAAAAAGACGUAAGAAUCGUAAACUUUUCUUCAUAAUUUCUCAAUUAUUCCUUACUUUCAUCAUAUAUCGUUACUCCAUUGCCGGUCCAUUCCUACCUUUCUCCUGUCAAGUGAUAGGCUUGGGAUGUCCAAAUACAAAAAUCAAUGGAUUUACCUCACCUGAAUUUAGUGGAGUUCAAACAAUAUUUGAAAAUAAUUUUAAGAAUGGAUUAGAUAUUGGUGCAGGCGUUAGUGUUUAUUAUGAUAAUAAAUUAGUGGUGGAUUUACAAGGUGGAAUUGCUGAUUCGACCGGAAAGAUUUAUGAUGAAGAUACUUUACAACUUGUAUUCUCGUCUUCUAAAGUUUUGUCGGGAAUAGUAAUUGCACGAUUAGUAGAACAAGGUCUUCUUGAUUACUCCUCCAAAAUUUCCAAAUACUGGCCAGAAUUUGCACAAGGAAAUAAAGAGAACGUUACUUUACAAAAUUUAAUGACUCACACUGCUGGUGUAGGUUUUAUUAGUCCACACCAAAUGUCUCAAAAUGAUCUCGCAGAUCUUGAUUCACUUUCCGGUAUCCUUUCCGCUCAACCUCAUAAUUUUAAUGGUAUCCCUAAGAAAUCUUAUCAUGCUGUUACUCGCGGUUGGUACCUUAAUGAAAUAGUUCGCCGUGUUGAUCCACGACAUCGUACCAUUGGUCGUAUAGUAGCAGAAGAAAUUUCUCCUGAAUAUAACAUCGAAUUUUAUCACUCUAUAAAUUCUAAAUCAUUAUAUUCUAGAGUAGCAAAUAUUUAUACUUAUCCUUUGGUAAGAAUAUUAGCCAAAGUUUUAUUACCCAAAUGGAUGAUUUCCGAACCAUUACAUGCCGUGUUUGAUGGAAUGAUGGAACAAGGUAGUGUCGGAUAUAAAACUUUUAUUGAGACAUCACCCGAUAAAAGUGAACCUCAAGAUUGGAAUAAAUCGGAGAUGGUACGUUAUGAAGGACCAAGUUAUAAUGGAAUUACUAAUAGUAAAAGUAUUGCAAAAUUAGCAGCUAUGAUGGCAAAUCAAGGAAAAUCACUGGAUGAUUUCAAAUCAAAAAAUUAUACAUUUUUAGAACCAACAUUAAUUUCAACUAAAACUUAUUCAUUGAUCACAACCCGUCUACCUACUGAAUAUGAUGUUGCUUUACAUGAAAAUAUAACAUCAACUAUUGGAGGAUUUGGAUGUUUUCGAUUGGAAGGAUUAGAAGAUGUUGAAUUUAUGGGAUGGGGUGGAUCAGGAGGAAGUUUAUUCUUGUGGAAUGAAGAAUUAAAAAUUGGAUUCGGAUAUGUUAUGAAUGCUUUUCAUACUUCAUUAUUAGGAGAUAAAAGAAGUUUGAAAAUGUUAAGAGAAGUGGUAGAUGUGGUUAAAAAUCUUAGAAAUUAA